AAAUGGAUCUCAAAUUCAAAUCACAAGAAACAGGUCGUUCAAUCGGGUUCGCAUCGCAUCUUCGAAGACACGGAGCGACGCUUGCAAAUCAUCUGAAUUACACACGAAACGAAUUUAUCUCGACUUUGGCGGAUUGCCAUCAGAAUUUAGGCAUCGAGGGGAGAGCAUCGAGUCCCGAAAAACAGUUUGACGAAGAUGGCGAUGAAAUUGAAGCAACUGCGACGAAAAUUGAGUGGCAACCUCUAAAAUGCCCGAAAUGUCAUCGAAAUUCCGAGAAUACCCGAAAAUUACUGGAACAUCUCGUCGAAGAUCACGGAAGACCACAAGACAAAGCAUGGUUCGAACAAUUCGACACAAUUGGAACCGAUCUGAAAAAAGUAUUCGACAAGGCCAUUCGGAUACAGGCCGAGAAUAGUGUCGUGAAAAAGAAAUUCCAAAAUUCAAACGAUUUACUCGUCUGCCCCACAGAUUCUCCACUGGCACCAUUUCUGUUAAUGCGACAUCUUCAAGUGAAUUUUCAAGAAGUUUCUCAGACGCUUACAGAGGGAAUUGUGCUGAAAUUACAGAUCGCCUCCACCAGCUACACGAUUAUCUUUUCAUUCCAUAAAGUCGACAAGGCUCGUCGUCGAAUUAAGCGGGAAAUGGCCAGAAAAUCGCUGGAAAGGCGACUCCGCGUGCUCGAGCUUCGCUGCGCCAGAACAUGGGUUCCAGAUGACGAUGUGGUCUUCAAGAAAAAGCGGACAAGUGAAGAGAAUAAGGCUCUAAUACAGGCUCUGAAACUGCCAGCCACGAGCUCUCAUGAUGAUAUUGUACUGAAAAUCAAUGAGAUGAAGACUCAGCACGAUGAGAUGGUUAACAACGUCUACACGAAUAACGUAAAGCCGAACGGACAGAUAAUGUCCGCUGAAGAGAAGCGUCUCAUAUCAUCGCUGACAAAUGACAUGGUGACCCCAGUAUCUGGAAAACGAAAGACCACAUUCAAAAAUCCGAGUGAACUGCAACAAUCGUCGAGAAAACGACAGAAGACGUUGUCACCGGCAUCCCAAUCACCACCAGAGCCCGCCGCUACACGAUCCGAAUUAUAAUUUAUUCUUGUUUCUGCUAGUACUAUUAUCAUUAUUAUUAUGCAUUCGCGAACUUACGGCACCCGGUCUCGAAACGACAAUUUUUUUGUUGAAUGCAAAAAGGUGCGCGCCUUUAAAGAUUACUGUAAUCUCGAACUUUUGGUGCUGCAAAAAAGCAUAAUUUCCACCGAAUUUUUUUAAAUUUUUGUUUUCGAGAACAACUAUAAAUAAAAUCAAUGUAAAGUUUGAAACUACAGUACUCUUUAAAGGAGUAUACCUUUUCGCAUUUGUUAAAAAAAAUUUCGCGUCUGUAUAAUAUUUCUUUCUUUUUUAGCAUCAUCAUUAUUAUUAUUGUUUGUUUCUAAUAUGUUCAAAUUGAUAAGCUUUCUCUCUCCAAAUGUUCACGGGUUGACUGGGGAUCCAUUAGCUUUCCGUUGUUUCGUUGUUCAUUCCAAAGAUCCUUAAUUUUUAAUAUCGUAAUGUAAUUCUUUAAUUUGUCUUUUUUUUUCAAAUUUUGUAAUUUUGUGAAUAUAUAUCCUCAAGUGAAUUUUAGCUUCUUUU